UAAAUUCCGUCGGUUCAACUGUCGUUUUGUAUUUAUUCUUAGUGAGAGUAAAUGCGUGCAAUAAAUAUAUUGAAGCGCCUAAAAGCUUACCAGUAAUAACAAGACGGAUAUAGUCGGGUAUGCAGAAUCUUUUGCAUUUUGCAAAAGUCCGUGUACGUUGUUCCGCUUAUUUUUAUACUGCGUCGUUCCAUAUGUUGGUCCUUUUUGUUGCGGUAUUUAUUUUGCAUCAAAACUGUGUAGUAUAAGUUGCAUUCUUUUGAAACGUUUCAAUGUAAUUAGUAAUCUUACUUCUGUUGUUUUUUUUUAUCUUAGAAUUGUAAUUUUAUUUUGUAUACAAACGCGCAACGCACGAUUCAUUACUAAAAAACAUUGUACAGUUGGUAUCAGUGAGGCUUACAGAGCAGUUGAAGGUCACAAUUGUUACCGGUCACCAGCUAAACAAUUACCAAUUGAUUGAUUAUUAUUUAUUAUAGAAUAAUAAGAAUCAUGCCUUCAAAACUGAGUGAUUACGACAUUCUUCAUCUGAUUGGGUCGGGCUCGUAUGGAAAAUGCUUGAAAGUUCGAAGAAGAAGUGACAGCAAAAUCCUGGUGUGGAAAGACAUGGACUACGGGUCAAUGACUGAACCUGAGAAGCAACAACUUGUUUCGGAGGUUAAUCUACUGAGAGAGCUAAAGCACCGCUUCAUUGUGAGAUAUCAUGAUCGUAUUAUCGAUCGUUCCAAGAGCAGAUUAUAUCUGAUAAUGGAAUAUUGUGCUGGUGGAGACCUUGCAAGUUUAAUCACCAAAUGCAGAAGAGAACGAAACUUUUUGGAAGAAGAUUUUAUUUUGAAGAUAUUCUGCCAACUCUUGCUUGCCUUACAAGCUUGCCACGGUCAGCGGCGUCGAAACGGCAACCAGGGCAAAGUUUUACAUCGAGAUUUAAAGCCGGCAAAUGUCUUUCUUGAUGAAAACAAAGACGUCAAGUUAGGAGACUUUGGAUUGGCUCGUGUGCUAAACCAUGAUACAAGUUUUGCGAAAACUUUUGUUGGAACUCCAUACUACAUGUCACCUGAGCAAAUGAAUAAGAUGCAAUACAAUGAUAAGUCUGAUAUUUGGUCGCUGGGCUGCUUGAUUUAUGAGUUAUGUGCGCUGGUCCCACCAUUCACUGCUCCAAACCAAAAGAUGCUUGCCGUUAAAAUAAAAGAAGGACAAUUCCGUCGAAUUCCAUCUAAAUAUUCAAAUGAACUUCAAGAUUGUGUUGCAUCAAUGUUGAACCUCACAUCAACAUCUCGUCCAUCACUUGAACAUAUACUUAGUUUAAACAUCUUAAAGAAACACGCGAAAGAACAUGACGAGCUCAACUCUUCAGUGAAUUCCCAGUCCCCUGUUGUAUCUACUGAGGAGAAACAUGCAGGAGUUGGGAAGGCAAUCGUAAACCACAGAAGAUUAUCCCCAGUUAGUGAUAUACCUGAUGACCGAUCCUCACCAAGUGCGAUCCUGAAAGCAAGGGAGGCAUCAUUGGAUGAGAGGACACGAGAGGUUGAGAGAUCCGAGCGCGAUCUUCAGAGAAGGGAGAGACUCUUGGAAGAUCGGGAGAAAGCAGCGGAAGAGAAGAUGAGAACGGCUGAGUCGUUGAUCCGGCAAUAUCGAGAACUUUGCGACGAUCGAAAAAUUAUUCAAGAUUCAUCGAAUAUUAACCAGUACCGCCUGGACCUAAUCAGCAACAAAAAACAAGUUCAUUUUGCCGGCGAUUCGAAGUUUAAGGAAAACCGAGAUGUUUUGGGUGGGUUGGGUAAUAUGAGGUAUAAUGGUGGGAAGGCAGGGCUGGAUUAUGGGAAGCUACAUAACGCUAGGAUGGAUGAUAUACAUAGAAAGUACAGGGAAGUCCAGAAGCCAAGUUAUUAUAAGAAGAGGCCUGUACUUGGUAUCAGGUGAACUGUAUAUAAUUGUGAACAAAUUAUCAAAGAGUCCCACAUCAAAUUAAUGCUGAUAUUUCAAGAUUUUUUAGUUUUUUUACGAAAGUUAGGAGAAAAUAUUGCUAUUUAAACUAGCAUUCCAUUUUUACCACUAUACAUGUUCGUGUAUUUUUAAUAAAAAUAUUUUUUUCUCAUUUUCAAACUACAGUACUUGGUGGUGUGAAUAGUACUGUAAUGCAGUUUUAUAUUGUUUGAAUUGUAAUUCCAAUUAAACCUGUGUUAAUAAAGGCACUGUGUCACUUAAUUGUUACAUACUCACUAUAGUGUGAAUACAACAGGUCUAACGUUUAGUUGUUUUGAAAACCUUUGUAAAAACUUUUACUUUCACCGUUACAAGAGCUGCAGUAUUUUUGUACAAAACCAAAGUAGAACUGAAGUAAAAUUACAUUGUGUAUCUUUCUAUUCGUACAACACUAAUGUGUGUUUGAUUAACAUAAUAUAUAUGAAUAUUAUUGUAUUGCGAAA